UGGACCUUGGUUGGAGGAUGAAGCUUAGGAAACGUUUCGUAAUGAAAUGAACAUCUGAUUGUGUUUGAGGUCCAACGAUGUUCCACCGUGGCUAGUUGCCAACACCUCUGUUCUUAUCUGAAUCUGCCAUUAAUAUAUUACUUCCUUUACCAUUUUUAUAUUAAUAUUUUGUUUUCUUCUUUGUACCAAAAACACGAAUUAUUAUCAUCAGCGAACUGAGAAAGCAAUAAUCCAUCGAUCCAUUUUCAUUUUUCAAGUGUGACCCAUCUUUGUUGCUUCCACCAUGCAUAGGAUCAACACUGCAAGGUCCAUUUUUUCUGCGGUUUUCAGAACCAAAUCUCAGCGCCACUCUGCUGCUUUCUCCACCUCCUUGCUCUUCGACGAAACUCAGAUACAGUUUAAAGAAAGUGUUGCUCAGUUUGCCACGGAAAAUAUUGCCCCUCAUGCUUCAAAAAUAGACCACACGAAUUAUUUCCCAAAGGAGGUGAACUUAUGGAAAAGCAUGGGAGAAUUUAAUCUCCUUGGGAUUACUGCACCAGAGGAAUAUGGAGGGCUUGGCCUAGGUUACUUGUAUCACUGUAUAGCAAUGGAAGAGAUUAGCCGUGCUUCAGGAUCUGUCGGUCUUUCUUAUGGUGCUCAUUCAAACUUGUGUAUCAAUCAGCUGGUGAGGAAUGGAAACCCUGCUCAGAAACAGAAAUAUUUGCCUAAGCUUAUCUCUGGAGAUCACGUGGGAGCUUUGGCAAUGAGUGAGCCCAAUUCUGGUUCUGAUGUUGUCAGCAUGAAAUGCAAGGCUGAUCGAGUUGAUGGGGGCUAUGUACUUAAUGGGAACAAGAUGUGGUGUACUAAUGGGCCAGUUGCUCAAACAUUAGUUGUAUAUGCAAAAACAGAUAUAACUGCUGGGUCAAAAGGAAUUACUGCAUUCAUCAUCGAGAAGGGAAUGCCUGGAUUCAGUACUGCCCAGAAAUUGGAUAAACUUGGAAUGCGAGGAAGUGAUACAUGUGAGCUUGUCUUCGAGAAUUGCUUUGUUCCAGAAGAAAAUGUUCUCGGGAAAGAAGGGAAAGGAGUCUAUGUCAUGAUGUCUGGGCUGGAUCUGGAGAGACUUGUUUUGGCAGCUGGUCCUCUGGGUAUUAUGCAGGCAUGUCUUGAUGUUGCCCUUCCUUAUGUUCGACAAAGAGAGCAAUUUGGUCGUCCUAUUGGGGAGUUUCAGUUUAUACAGGGGAAAAUUGCUGACAUGUAUACUUCAUUACAGUCCUCAAGGUCUUAUGUGUAUUCUGUAGCUCGAGACUGCGACAAUGGAAAAAUUGAUCCAAAGGAUUGUGCUGGAGCCAUACUUUGUGCCGCUGAAAGAGCAACCCAGGUUGCUUUGCAGGCCAUACAAUGUUUAGGUGGGAAUGGCUAUGUGAAUGAGUAUCCUACUGGUCGUCUCCUGAGAGAUGCCAAACUCUACGAGAUUGGGGCAGGAACAAGUGAGAUCAGAAGAAUGAUUAUCGGACGUGAACUCUUCAAGGAGCAAUAACAUGUGAUGACACCAUACCUUACAUGAUGCCAGUCUUUUAAUAAAUCUUGGAUGCUGCUGAGCCCCUGGUUGCAGAUGUCUGUGAAACUAAUGUUACAUUCAUCAAACGAGAAUUGUAAUCACGAUAAUUGAUCAUUGGUCCAAGAAAUAAGAAUUUCUGUAUCAUAUUUUUAUAUAUUUUGAAAAUCUUCAAAUCGAUAAUUUCUCUCGAAAAACAAUUCUGUAAAAGAAAUUAAUUCCUACAUUACAGUAAUGUGUUAGGGCCUUA